AAUUUGCACGCCAUACUUUUUAGACUAUGUAGAGUCUUCAGACUAUUAAAUGUGUAAGUAAAUGCGUUCUGCUCGACCAGUCCUGUAUCAUGAUUAUUUGGUUUGUUUCAGAACAUUUCAUCGAACAUACAAAACAGUCAUGAGCGUAUAAUUUGUAUUCAAAGGAUAUUUAACGCAGUUGCGUAACAACGAAAAUGUACCAAAUAUAGUUCAUGCGAGAGUUCUACAGUAGCAUUUUUCAGGACAUUCCCGUUUGCAUUAGUUUUGGGGAAUCAAGGAUUUUCGAGGAAUAAAGAAAUAAGAGUCAGAAGAUGUUAGCUAGACAGAACUGGAGUAAGAAUGUGGAGUUCCUGCUAGCUGCCAUUGGGUACUGUGUGGGACUGGGGAAUGUGUGGAGGUUUCCAUACCUAUGCUACAGCAGUGGAGGCGGUGCCUUUCUGGUGCCGUUUUUCCUGAUGUUGAUUCUGUGUGCCGUUCCCCUGCUGUAUAUGGAGUUGGCGGUGGGACAGUACACACAGAACGGACCUGUCGGGGCUCUAGCCAAGCUCUGUCCUCUCUUCAAAGGAGCUGGCCUGGCCACAGUUGUGAUAUCAUUCCUCUUCACGACUUACUACAAUGUCAUCAUCGCCUGGGCGUUUUACUACCUCUUCCAUUGCUUCCAGUCGGUUCUUCCAUGGACUGCCUGUGAUCACGACUGGAACUCUCCGAACUGUUGGGAUGGCACUGCCACUCAAAACUACACCAAUUCAACGACAAAUACCUCGUAUCUAGGGCCUGCAAUGAAGCCUAAUGGGACAAUUUCUCCUACAGAGGAUUUCUAUCAGAGUUACGUGCUGGAGAGGUCCAGUGGUAUCGAGGAGACAGGUCGGCUCAAGUGGGAGCUGGCCCUCAUACUGCUCAUGUGCUGGGUCAUCGUGUACUUCUGUAUAUGGAAGGGGCCAAAAUCUACAGGAAAGGUUGUGUAUUUUACCGCUACAUUUCCAUACGUCGUUCUUGUCGUCCUAUUGGUAAGGGGGGUAACUCUCCCUGGAUCUCUCAAUGGCAUUCUUUUCUUCAUCAGGCCAAAAUGGGAACUACUUCUGGAUCCAAAGGUGUGGGUAAAUGCCGCAGCCCAGAACUUCAAUUCAAUUGGUAUAGCAUUUGGGGGAAUCAUUACCAUGUCCAGUUAUAACAAGUUCAACAACAGAAUCAUAAAAGAUGUGUUAGUGAUAGCAGUAGUGGACGCCAUUACCUGUCUGCUGGCCGGGUUUGCUAUCUUCUCCAUUCUGGGAAAUCUGGCUGAAAACCAGGGCAAGGAUGUGGGUGAUGUCAUACAACAAGGUCCUGGACUAGUUUUUGUGAUUUAUCCCGAAGCCUUUACAACGAUGCCAGUCCCACAACUCUUUGCCGCCGUGUUCUUCUUUAUGUUGAUUAAUCUAGGAAUUGAUAGCCAGUUUGCAUCUACCGAGGUGAUUGUCACCACGAUCAACGACCACUUCCAUCCACAAGUCAAGAAAUACCUGAAGAGGAAGGAGGUACUGGUGGCAGUUGUCUGUGCUCUCUCCUUUCUGUGUGGAUUGCCAAAUGUUACUCAGGGUGGUUACUACUUUUUCUCUCUGAUUGAUCACUAUGCAGCAGCCGUCUCUCUCAUGUACUUGGCAUUCUUUGAAGUCAUUGCAAUCACAUGGUUUUAUGGUGCUCGUCGAUUGGGAAGAAAUAUCAAGGAGAUGAAUGGCAGCACUCCAAAUAUAUUUUUCAUUGUGUGCUGGUAUUUCAUAUCACCACUGUUCAUUUUUGGUAUAUGGUUGUUCAGCAUGAUAAGCUACCGUCCGUUCCAGUUGGAUGGUUAUGACUACCCAGUCUGGGCGACAGUACUAGGGUGGUUUAUCGCCGCUCUGUCCGUCCUGUGUGUACCCAUAGGAAUGGUACACUCCAUUUAUCAAGCAAAGGGGAAUAACUUGUGGCAGAAAUUGAAGAACUCCAUAGUGUCCCCACUAGAUGAUCCAAACGAGAUCUUCCAUCUUAAUCUUUACAAUGGAGGACCAGAAAAGAAAGAAAACUUUGAUGCUAUUUAAGUUGCACUCUUUCUGAGCAACCCUUUCAAGUGUGUCUAUAGAAUAUGUACCCGCGGGUAAUCAUAUCGAGUUAAUAUUAGACUAAGUCUUUUAGUAUUUCUACAAGAAAAUUUAUGAAGUUACUACUGGUAUUUUAUUUCUUUGUGAAAGAAAUGACUGUAUGUAUAUUACUGGUGGUUCGUGUUUUACCACUUUCCAUUCAUAUUCAGUGAAUAAUAUUAUAAUACAAGUUUAUGUACACAGAAUAUGUAUGUAAAGGUAUAUGAUGGACGGUAUGUAUGCUCUAGGUCUCAAAUUGAAAGUUUUAAUAUACACAUGUACAUGUAUAAUGGCAUUACAAAGCUCUAUACAUUAACCAAAAAUAAUGACAGAAAAAAAUGUUUUAUCAUGUUUAUGAUAGAUGUAUCAGGUGUCUUGAUAAUUCUUUUUUUACCAUCAUCAAUUAGACGAUGAAUGUAGAUCUAUGUAAUAUUUUUUGAAAAAUUACUGUAGAAUCUUUUGAUUUAACCUACACUUCUCACUUUUUGUAAGGUGUGUCCUAAAUUUUGACCAUUGAUAAUGCUCACACAGUUUAAAGAAGGUUUGUGCAAUGUUACUUGCUAUUAAAAUAGAUAAUAUUCAUUAUUGUUAUCUAAAACAUUAAGUCAUUGAUAUGUUCAGUAAUGUAAAUUACCUAAUAAUCCAGUAUUACUAGUUUAAUGGAAUAAAAAACCAAAAAAUAAGUCAUUACAAUCACAGAAUCCAUGCAAUGAGAUAUUGGGCAUUUAGAUCAAUGUAGUUACGAUAAUAGGUUUAUUUUUUUCCAUUUUUAAGGUUGUGUUGAAGUCUUGGAAAUUAUAAUUUUGAUAGAUAGUAGUUACAAUUUUGUCACUGUCAGUUCAGCAUUAAGAUAUUGGACAGAGAAUUAACUGUUGCAUGCAUCCGGUAUUUUUCUCAUUAGAUGUCAGAUAUUUGGUAGAAGAAACCUAGCGGCAAAGUGAGAAUUUGUUUGGAUCCAAGAGAGCCGAAUAUAGAUGCAGCCUUAGUCAGUAUUGUCUAUCAUGCAUGCAUAUUUGUAACCAGUUAACUGGUUACUGGGGAUUGUAAUGAUGGUAACUUGUUACAAAAUUAGUACCUGUAAUAUACAUUGAUAUACACUUUGGAAUGAUUUUAAUGAUAUGCAUGUAUUUAUUAAAUAUAAAUUAAUACACACUUUGGAAUGAUUUUAAUUAGAUUUUCAUUUUGUAAAAGUAUUUAGUGGGUGGUAGCAGUAUAUGUAAAAAAAAGUUUUAACUUCAUUGAUUUAGUAAGUCACUAUUCUGGUUUUAGAUUCCGUCAUUGUUAGUUUAUAUAUGAGAUUAUGAAUAAUUUGAAAAUAGGGCAAACUACAAGGAGGUUAUUAUGGUUGUGGUGCAAUUUAAAAAUCAUAUUGUAACAUAAGCAGACAAAAUCAGUAUUGUGUUUCAAGAACACUUCACCAUUUUUCUAGAUGUUUCUCUAGAUGCUUUAGUUUGUAAUUAAAGAUAUUAAACUUACAGAUAAAUAUGAUGCCUAAAUAUGUUUAUAUGUAUUUAGGUAUUCAAUAAAAACUUUUACUUAUUUGAGUGGAAGAGUUUAAAUUUCCUUUUUUUUUGGAUACAUGUGAAAUUGUACACUAGCUGGUAUUGCAUAUUGACAUAAACUAUUAUAUUUUAUUGAUAUCUUUAGAUGUCAAAUAGUUUUCAAGAUUAUUUUACAUUUUUUAUACACACAAGUACUGCACAUUCAUAAGUUGGUUCAUUAAAACGUGCAUAAUAUUGGUACAUGUAGUUUAUACACUUAAAAGGUAAGGAUGAUUUUGUUAGAAGAAAAGUUUGAUUUACUUUUUAGUAACUGAUUUCAUUUACAUGUAUUUUAAUCUCUUUUGUGGAUUUCAUGUAUUUGUUUAUACAUUCCACUGCAAUGCAGGGUUUUUAUUUAUUGUAAUUUUUUUGAAAGAAAUGGGCAGUACUGGGUAGAUUAAUGUUUUUAUAUUAUCAAUACCCUUGAUUUUAUAAUGAUGGCAUGAAUUGUGAGAAAACUUUUAAUAGAUUUUAUCUAGAUACCACAUGAAAAACAAUAUUUUUUUUGAACAUCAUAGAUAUCUAUAGUUAAUGAAUUUUAUAUUGAUACAAUGUAUACGUUUUAUUCAAAAUCAAUGUGGCGUGUGUGUGUAUUUUACAAAUGGUUUUGUAAUAUGAAUGUCUCCUUUAAUAUAAAAGCUCGAUCAGGUUAAUUCAGAUUACAAGUAUUAUCAAAUAUAUUUUGUAUUUGUAUGAAUUCCAACAAUCGAAAUAAAUAUUGACUGUACACAUUA